ACUGGGUAAUCCGCCCUGCUUUUAACAGCUGAUUUUUCAGGAAGUCGAACGAAUGGUAUCCAAGAAAUGUUUCUUUUUGCAAGUGCUGGACCAGAAGAGACAAAGACGAGAUCAUUGCUUCAGGAGUAUGUAGUUAUGCUGAUUUUACUGGUCCCGCCCAUUUGAGAUCAGACUGGGCUGAAUGUGGCCCCUGAACAAAGAUGAGUUUGGCCUACAGGAAGGAAAGAACAGCUUCAAAGUUUGAUUCCUCCAGGCUGGAAUCCAAUCAAGUCAAUCAGGAGAAAGUGGAGCUGCAGCCGAGCUCCCACACUUCACUGUUGAGGAGACAAAGGCAGCAGUGCUCUCUGAAAACACCAAAAACUCCUGGUUUUUGUGUGAAAGGUUGUAAUGGGGUUCAGAGGAGCAGUUCUUCUGGGGUUGGUGCUUCUCUUCUCAGGUGGGAUUGUUUGCUGCGCCGCGCAAAACUCGUUGAACUUCAGCACCAAUGAGACCCGAGUCCCACAAGAACAAGUGGCAACAAGCCUCCAGCUGCCGAGAUCGCCGCAGACAACACAUCAUCAGUCAAACCAGAUGGAGCGACAGGAUCCGGUGGACAGUCCUGUCAGUGACCGGCUCAGGAGAUUGUGGCUCAGGAAGCAAAAACCGGUGGAGGCGCAUGUGGAGCAGAGGUUUAAGGUGACCUCAGAGCAGCAGAUGGAAACUCCAGAGACGGGAAAGGUUCAAGUUCAAGGCCCAGAUUUGAGCCAACCUGUCAAGAAGAAACCAAAGGCGCUGGUGAAGUUUGAGCAGCGGGUGCCGGUGCCAGCUGACAGUGUUCAAGCGCGCUGUGGCGAAGAUAAGGUCACCAUCGAGGUCAAGCAGAACUUCUUGGGAAACAGUCAGUUCAUCCGUCCAAGUGAUCUGACCUUAGGAGGCUGCGCUGCCGUAGACACUGUCGACCACGUCCUGCAGUUCCAGACGGAGUUGCACGGCUGCGGCAGCACGAUGACGAUGACUGAUGAAGCCCUCAUCUACUCAUUUUCUCUGACGUACUCUCCGACGCCGAUCAGCGACACAUUCAUUCUGAAGACCAACCCUGCUGAGGUGCUAAUUCAAUGCCACUAUCAAAGGAGGCAUUACGUGAGCAGCAGCGCCAUGAGGCCGACCUGGAAGCCGUUCGCCUUCAACAUGCAGGCAGAUCAGCAGCUGCACUUCUCCCUGCGCCUCAUGACAGAGGACUGGCAGUCGCCGAGGCCUUCCAGUGUUUACUUCCUGAGCGACGUGAUGCACAUCGAAGCGUCGGUUCUGCAGGGUCACCACGUUCCCCUCAGGGUCUACGUGGACAGCUGCGUGGCCACGGCGACCCCCGACCCUCACUCGCAACCCAGAUACUCUUUCAUCAACAACCACGGGUGUUUAACUGAUGCUAAGCUGACAGGAGCCAAGUCUUACUUCAUGCAGAGGAGCCAGGAGGAUAAACUUGACUUCCAGCUGAAAGCCUUUAGGUUCCACCAGGAUGACAGGAAUCCACUCUACAUUACAUGUCACCUGAAAGCGACAACGGUCUCGUUCCCCGUCGACUUGCAACACAAAGCCUGUUCAUACUUGACUGAAGCCAGAAGAUGGGUGGCAUCAGGUGGAGACAAUAAGGUGUGUAGCUGCUGUGAGACCAGCUGCAGCCAACGGAGACGCAAAAGGAGCCUCGCGGCAGAUGCUGCUCUGCGGUGGGAGGGGACGGCCGCUCUGGGCCCCAUCACGCUGGAGGACGACGUUCUGCAGACUGAACCUCCUCCACAACCACAUGAAGUGACUCAAUGUGCCACCUCGGAUUUGUCGAUAGCGCUGCUUUCUGGAGUUGGAGCGUCGAUGGCUGUGGUGUUGCUCGUGCUAACGGGAGCUGUGAUCUGCAGCAGACGACGCAAGGCCACUGAGUAUCCUGUUUGCACCUGAUUUAAGACAAUAAAACAAUUCCAACCAAGCCUGAGCAGAGCCACAAGCACCCUAGGUUUGUUUAUCCCUAGUUAGCAUCUUGGUGGAAUUGAGGUUUAGCCCGAUAAAACCUGAGAAAUGUUGGGUUGCUUCUGUUUUUCUGCUUGGGUGCUUCUCUACGGUUUCAGGUUAAGUGUUCUGAGGGUUAAAAGGGGUUAAGCUGCAUGUCCAGCCUUGCAGAAAAUGACUGUGGCCAUAAAAUGCAUGUGAUGUACACAAUGAGGUACAGUAUAUUGCUCUAUCAAUCAGCGUCCUUUACUAGCAGGAGGUGAAUGGUUGAGAUUUCCAUGAUGUGCAGGGAUGUGUCUAGAACUUUUUAAGUUUAGGGGCAGUCGUAGGUGACCUUAGGACAUUUAAAAAGCAAAAAAUUACCCAAAAAGUUAUGUUGAAUUCAUGCAAAAACCUGAAUAUUAUCCCAUUGAUUACAAACAAGACAGUGGGGUUUUACUGAAUGAAUAAAGCUAGUGAUGGAUAACUUGUGAUAAACUGAUCAUGUAGGAAAGGCAGGUCAUAAACUUCAAUAUCAAUUCACCUAAACAAAAAAAUACUGCAUAUUAAGGCUGCAAAGCAUCAAACACACAUAUGUUGAGGGAGCAAAAUGUCAAAAACUGAGAUACUAAAGCAGCAAAACGUUCAAAAACUUGGAUAUUAAUGCAACAAAACAUCAAAAUGUGGAUAUUACAACGGCAAGGCGUCAAAAACCCAAAUAUUAACGUGCUAAAACAUCACACAUAAUUUCAAAUACAUUAAUUUUGUCAACCAAAACAUGAAAAAUCCUGACUAGUCACACACCAAAAUGCCACAAGCCUGAAUAGUAUCACACCAAAAUACUAAAAAAACUAAAAAUUAAAACAUUAAAAACACUAAAAUAUUAAUGGACUAAAACAAUAUUAUAGCAGUAAAAUGUCACAACCCUGAAUACUAUCACCAAAAUACUAAAAAACAAAACACUAAAGCAUUAAAAAAACAAAAUAUUAAUGGAUGUGUCCAGAAGUGUUUAAGUUUAGGGGCAGUCGAAGGUGGCCGUAGGACAUAAAAAAAGGAAAAAAAUGACCCGAAGUUAUGUUGAAUUCACGCAUGGAUGAUUUGUACGUCUAAUUUUUACAGGAAACUGCAUCCCCUGCUCUGAUCUCUAGGAGAUAAUUUAAUACACACCAUUACGACCGGGCUGCCAUAUAGUUCACUUAAGCUGCGUGAGAUUUUCUUCAUCUUUAUAAUAAUCCACAUCUAGAGCAAAGAGAAGUCGUCAAAAACUGAAAAUGAAAAGCAUUUCCACUGGCUCCACAUUGUGAGCUAAAACAUAACCCAGUAACAAUAGUCAUAUUUUAGAUUCAGGCCCUUUUCUAGCUUCCCCCCAUCCUUUAAUUCACCCCCUCCAGCUUCCUGCUAGUGGUGGAGUGUUCAUGAAAUGGGGCUCAUCAUGAACUGUUGCUCACAAGCCCAGGAAGACGAAUAGACAUAAUUAAAAAGCCCAUAAAAGCCGAGAGCAGGGGCUUUUAUUACAGUAAUAUGUGAAGGCUUUGGUUUAAUGGGGUGUUUGUUCCCGUGUGCGGGGCUGACGGCUGCACUAGUUUACUGCAGGAGCGACGCUGACCCCCCUCCCAUCCCCAACACACCACAGGCUAAUAAAAAGCCAGACCUAAUGAUGCACCAGCAGGACGCAUGACAGCGACAAGCAUGCACACUCAGAGCCGCAGUCGAACCCACAAAGCCGCGCCCUGAAAAGAAUCACUCAGGAUGUGGGGAAAGGAUUAUCAAAUGGACAAGAAAGUGCUGUCCACUCGUGGAGCAUGAGGACGUACAGUUUGAACAUAUUUGUGAACCCUUGUGCAGUUAUAUUAGCACAUGAAUAAAAAUGUGAAAUUGCCUGGGUGACCCCAAACGUUUGAACAGUAGUGUACAUUUCACAUAGAUAAGGUGGCAAAUAUUUGAAAACUAGGCUCCGAAAUGUCUAAAAUUUGCUACCAAGGAGGCAUUAGAGGCUAAAUGUUUCACAUCUAUAUUAGCCAGAAUGAGGCCCUUUUCUCUGUUCCAUCCCGACUUUCACAUGCAGGCUACGGAGACGAGUGCGUUUUUGACAUACAAAAACUUGCCUGGCAGUUUUAAGAGGAGUCAACAGAGUGUAAAAGGUGCUAAUGUCCUGUUAUGGCUGCAGAACAUCAUCAUCAUCAUCAUCAAUGUGCUGCAGACAGUCGCACGCCCACAGAUGUCUAACGGUUGUGGCGGCACGGACCCAAGUUGACAAGCAAAAUGGCAGCGAGUCCUGAAUCAGCCAUUUUCCUCGACAGGAUGCGUGACCCCGAGGGCACACACACGCACACUUUUUCCCUUCUAAUGCGCACACAUCCAAAGUAAUGGUGUGUGUCCAGUGUCAGGCAGGGAGAGUCCUCUCAUCUCUGGCAGCCACAGCGAUAUUAUUGCUGUAGAUGGAGCGUGCUGGGGAAUAUUGUUCCACUCCAUUGGUAUGCCGUGGACACCUCCUCGUACCACACACGCUGGCGAUGACAGAAGUCGGCGUUAACACCAGUCCUGUUGGGUGAUGCUUCUGACAAGAAACCGCAACAUGUGGACGCCUAAUCGAGACAAGAAAACGGCUGUUCUUUUCAACCGGAGAGUGGAUUUAUGGGCUUUUUUUUGUUUAACAAAGACAGACAUAAGGGGGUUUUAUCAAAGAGACUGCGCUGUUAUUACUCCUUUGAAAUUCAAGGCAGACGGCUAUAUCAUUUACCAGAGAUGUUAUCUGGCUUAAAAUAUUUGCCUUUGAAUUUAAAUAAAUAUCAAAGGCAGUUAUUAAACAGUUGCACCAUAACAUCCGGCUCCGGUUUCGAGAAUUCACGUGCACACGAAGCGUGCACGCGACCUCUGUCCAGGCCCAUAAUUAACCCUCUUAAUUAAGGGAGAAAAAAAGUUGCUAACCAAGGAAAUGGGUUUAAUUAGCCUGAUCUUAGCCGGCUGACACGUGCGUGCCGUAAAACACAUGUGCACCCCGACGCGCACACACAAAACAAUUAAGCCUCUUUUAUUCUGGCUAAUGGCUUCAGUGACUCAGAGCCUUUCUCAUUAAGACUAUCAAUAAUAUGCUGAUUACAUGCAUCCACCGGUCUCCUUUAUCGGAGCACAAAGGGACGAGUGUGUGUCUCCAAGGUUUCAGGGGCGUCUGCGCGACCUUAUCUGCUAAAAUAGACGUUUUGGAUUGUUUGGCUGGAGAAGCUGAAAGAGGCCUCGUCUUUAUUUUCUGCUGUUUAUCUUAUCAAAGGGGGUCACGUGUGCCUUUGACAGGGAGGAAGUUGUACGGCUGAGGGCUUUAUAGAGGCCAGAUAAUAGGCCGAGGAGUGAUGGCGGCUGUAGGGCUGCAGAUCUGUCUGCACGUCUGUCAGUUCAUAAAAAGAACAAGGCCGUGUCGUUUGAGUAAUAUUCAGUUUGGGAUAGUUUGGAGGCUAAUCAGAUGUCAGAAUGAUGUUAUGUAAUAUAGUUAGGCAGGAUUUUACAUCUCUGGAAGGACAUCGUCACGGAUGGAUGUCAGGCUGUUACAAAAUAUUCCAUCCAAAAUGUGCUUGAAUGUGCUUAGCUAGUGAUGCUAAUCUGGCCAUAACCUCUCCUCCUCACCUCCCUGAAGAAAAGCUAUAAGAGAUGUGAGGUGUCAUUCAAUCAAAUUAAAGAUUUCAUUACAGAUAAAUUAUUAUAGUAGAUUUUCAUCUUGCUAGUGGUGGAAUCCACCAAAAACUGAUAUACUAAGGCAGCAAAACGUUAAAAAUUUGGAUAUUAAUGCAACAAAACAUCAGAAAUUCUAAUUUCAGUGGGAUUUUACUGAAUGAUUAAAGCUUGUGAUUGAUAACUUAUGAUAAACGGACUUUAUUUUGUAGGGAAGGCAGGUCAUAAACUUCAGUAUCAAUGCACCUAAAUGUAAAAACACUGCAUAUUAAGACUGCAAAGCACCAAAAUACAUAUGUUAAGGUAGCAAAAUGUCAAAAAUUAGAAUACUAAGGCAGGAAAACAUUAAAAACUUGGAUAUUAAAGCAACAAAACAUCAAAAAUGUAGAUAUUAAGACAACAAGGCAUCAAAAACCUGACCUGUUUCUUUUUUGGCAAUAUAUCAAACUUUAUAUGGGAAAUAACAAAUUGUACCUGUGUCCGAGAAAUAACUUUCCACUAAGAUCCCCAUUACAAAAACACCUCUCAAGGAAGUGUGUUAAUUCCAGAUCACAUGACCUGCUCCACAUGAUGUCAUUUCCUCCUGAAGAAAAGACUGGCCAGACUCCAAGGCUUUCUGAGUUAUUUAAUAUAAAGUAGUGUGUGAGUCAAGUGUGGAUUUAUGGCAUGUCAACAGGUUUGCUACAAUAUCUUUAGAAAUAACUUUCAAUUUCAAUUUUACUCAAUUGUAUAUAUAAUAUUUAGAAGAAUCUUUCUGUAAAAAUGCCAUGUGGUGUUUGGUUAUAGGCAGCCAUGUUGAUUUUAGGCCUGAAAACAGCAAAAAAAAAAAAGUCAACUAUGAUACAAAAGUCCUGCAAUUAUAUAUUGACCCCUUUAUCAGCUGCAGUUCCGAUCAUUGAGAAUAAGGACAUCCCUAAUGUUUGUACUGUCGAAGGACUUGGUUUACUACACAGUUUAGACCACAGUAGGCAGGAGUUUUACAUAAAACAGAAUAUACCCACCAUACAGCUUGUAUUGACGAUGUGCAACAAAAAGGUCAUCCAGCAAGCAGCAAGUGAAACAUAAAGUACACAAAUGUGAAAAAAGUAUUUGCUAGUUAUCACUUGCAACCACUUGGUGCCAUUAAAGUUCUUGUUCCUCGUGUCGAUUUUUACCCUUAUUUGGUAAAUUUCCUCUUUGUGAAUGAACACAUUUUUCCCUUUUUUUUGAAUCGUGUCAGCAGCUUUUAAGCCACCCUCUCUCUGACCUGAGGUGUGUUUGAGACAGAGAUAAUAAAACAGGACAGACAGGCGUCCGUCACGCAGACAGGAAAACAAUAAGUCUGUGCUUUGACCUUCAGUCUCUUCCUGUUGUAACAGACACUGGGGUUCGUCCCAGAGGAGGAGGGAGGAAAGCGAUGGCUUGACCUGUGGAGCCACACCUUCACCCCCCCACACUGCAUCCCCAAACAGCCCUGAUGGGGGCUACCAGGCUCCCUCUGAUCUCCACUGUUUUCCACUUGAUGCUAUUGUGAGAUUUGUUUUUUCAUCCGAGUUCUAAGGGGUCUCUUGUGGCCACCUAUGGAGCUGGCAGACGGACCUUUGUGUGGUUCCCAGCCUCGUUUUUUUAAUACCUCUUGAUUGCGAACAAGACAGUGGAAUUUUACUGAAGGAGUAAAGCUUGUGUUAUGUAGGAAAUGUGGAUCAAAAAGUUCAAUAUCAAUGCACCUAAAAAUAAAAACACUGCAUAUUAAGGCAACAAAGCAUCAAAACACAUAUGUUCUGGUAGCAGAAUGUCAAAAACUGGGAUACUAACUCAGCAAAACGUUAAAAACUUGGAUAUUAAUGUAACAAAGCAUCAAAAAUAUGGAUAUUAAGACAAGACCUAAAUAUUAAUGUGCUAAAACAUCAAAAACCUGCAAAUUAGUGUAGUAAAAUUUCAAAAACAUUAAUUUUGUCCACCAAAGCAUAAAAAUCCUGAAUAUUCACACACCAAAAUAUAAAAAACCUGAAUAUUAUCACACCAAAAUACCAAAAAACUAAAAAUGAAAGCAUUAAAACACAAAAAACUGAACAUUAAUGGACCAAUACCUUAUUAUAAAGCAGUAAAAUGUUAAAAACCUGGACA